AUGCCUUUCCUAGCAGGAAACCCCAAUCUUGCAAUCACUCCUGAUUUUCAAUCACUUGUCAAUGAUGCAGUUAACAACCAGCAAGCCACAACAAUCCUAGCUAACCUCUGGCGCAUCCAAAACAAUGCAGAUAAGCAUCAUUGGACAACCAGGAUUGAAGGUGAAGCUUGCAAAGCAGAAGCUGAGUACAGAAAAGCCACUGAAGAAGAAGCCCAGUGCCAACAGACUCUAAGGGCAGAACAAGAAGCCACAAUCCAAGAAGAGCACAAGAAGAACAAGGCCAAGUAUGCCCCAAUCAAAGACAUUAACAUCCCCUCUGACCCCAUCAUCAUCCCAUGCCAAUAUGUGGUUUGCAAAAUGAAAUCAAGUGACUACUGCGAACUGUCCUACUUCACAAACAGCAGUCUAGAAGAAGCUUCCUGCUCCACCUUUACAGCCAAUGAGGACACCCUCAUAAUGCUGCCUGUUUCUGAUGGUUUGAACAAAUGGAUCCCAGCCAGUGCCACUAGAGACCCCAAAGCCUAA